AUGUCAACACCAGCAAAACGCAGACUCAUGCGAGACUUUAAACGCUUGCAAACCGACCCACCAGAAGGAGUCAGUGGAGCUCCCAAUCCCGAUAACGUAUUACUAUGGAAUGCGGUUAUAUUCGGACCAGAAGAAACUCCCUUUGAAGACGGCACAUUCAAACUCAUCUUACAAUUUGACGAAUCAUAUCCAACAAAACCACCGCAUGUCAAGUUUGUUAGUAAGAUGUGCCAUCCGAAUGUAUAUGCGAAUGGAGAUUUGUGCUUGGAUAUCUUGCAGAAUCGAUGGUCUCCCACAUAUGAUGUAGCAGCCAUCCUGACAUCCAUUCAAUCAUUGCUACACGAUCCAAAUCCAAACAGUCCCGCAAACGCAGAAGCUGCGAAGCUGUUUCAGGAGAAUCGAAAGGAGUAUAAUCGUCGCGUCAGGGAAACUGUCGAAUUAUCAUGGAAUGAAUAA